AUAUUUCACUGACACAGCGUAAGGGGACAAUGCACCGCAUUUUUAGCUCUAAGUGGUUCAUAUCUGGUGUGUCCUUGGCCGUCGGAGCAGGUGUUGGAGGCUCAUUUGUAGCUUAUAGAGGCGGCUGCGUGAAAUCGGUUGACACAUUCGGUGGUGUUCUUGAUCGAGUACCGGUAAUUCCCAUACCAAGUGUCGACGCGGCAGAGCUAGUACCGUACCAGCAUGGCCAAGUUGUGCAGUCGAAGUCUACGGCGGUAAUGAAAUAUGGAUUUCCCUCGUUAUCCAAUAUCAAGACGCGGGAGUCUUACGUUACUUCUUAUGAUCCCAGGAAUAGGACUGCCGCGUGGGUGAUUGAGCAGCUAAGCCCCGAAACGCUAACGGGAACAUCAGACAGGAAAUUUUGCGAUUUUAAAGAGGAUGAUUCGGUACAUGAGUACCACAGGGCAACUAAUAUGGAUUACAAGGGGAGCGGGUUUGACAGGGGCCAUCUUGCAGCAGCUGCCAAUCAUAAAUGGAGCCAAAAGGCGAUGGCAGACACUUUCUACCUCAGUAAUGUCUCUCCCCAGAAUCCUCAUCUGAACCAAAAUGCCUGGAACAACUUGGAGAAGUACUGUCGGAGUCUUGCCAAACAGUACCAGAAUGUCUUUGUGUGCACAGGGCCGCUCUACCUGCCCAGGCAGGAGUCUGAUGGAAAGAUGUACGUGAAGUACCAGGUGAUAGGAAAGAAUCAUGUUGCUGUGCCCACACAUUUCUUCAAAGUGCUCAUUCUGGAGAAGACGAGAGGAGAGGUGGAGCUGCGCCCCUAUGUCAUGCCCAACAUGCCAGUGGAUGAGAAGAUCCCACUGGAGAGAUUCCUUGUGCCCAUCGAGAGCAUCGAGAGAGCUUCUGGACUUUUGUUUGUACCAAACAUCAUGAAGAGAACAAACACCCUCCAAGCCAUCACAGCAGGACGAGCGUGAAACAUCUCCUGGGGUGUGAUGCACCUCCUUUAGGUUCUCUCUGUCAUAAGGUGAUGUUAGAGUGAUAACUACUGUAUGACACUGUGUAUCACUGGAUGUCUCCCUGUGGGACAGA